AUGUCGAGUUGUCAAACCGCUGCCUUGGUUCGCAGGCAUGGCCAACCGUCCUUGAGAGAGGCGGCGGCGUCGCUCGGACGGACGUUGCCGCUUCCUUCCUCCUGUCGCCCAGAUGCAGCCUACCUGCGUCUCCAAACGUGCGACUCUCUUGCUGGCCCUCGCGUUCCGAGCCGAAUUCCGCCCAAACGCCCCUCCUUCCCAUUCUCCCUCUUCCCCUCUUGCUUCCCUCCAGAGACCGUCUUCCCCCUUGACCCCUCGCACUCGCCCUUUAUCUUCAGACGGCUCGCCAAGCCACCCUCCUCUGAUUCGAACGCCGGCAUGCUGCGUCCUCUUCCUCUCGGCCCCUGCGCGAGCCAAAAGCCUCUUCUUGCUGGUGGAGACGACCAGCGCUCUUUGCUUUCCGCCCGACCCGCCUUCGACCGCGAUGCAUCCAGCAGACAUCAGUCGCCAUCACACUCUCUGAUCCUGCAGUCCUGCUGCUUCGACACUCGACAACGCGCUGCCAGACUACAUCUCAACGUCUGCUCAGCUGCGACAGGCCCAUUCAACAUGUCGCUGGGAGAGCGAGACCAGGCAUCUGGCUCCCAAGCUCGCCAUCCUCGCCAAGCUCGCCAUCCUCGAGCCGACACUUCUGCGCACGAUGCGGUCGCCAGCUCUACUCCACCAGCCACUGCAGAGCGCAUACACACUCGUCGUUCCGAUCGAGAGAUCAGACCAGACGACAUCGACGACCAAAAGAUGUCUUUCUCUGGCAGUAAACAACCUUCGCUCCGAGGCCACGCGCAUCAAAGUCCCAGUAUCACAGUAGAGUCUCUGACGACAGCAUCCCUAAAAGCAUCUGAUGCUGCUCCGCAUCGAGUCGAGACACUGGCUGGAGAGCUCGCGCCUGAAUCGGCACAGAACAGCUCUUCUCACCGAGCAGGCAAAGGGCUCAGUCCAUCGUCUCGAAGCACACAGUCGCAGACGCCACGAGCAGGCUCGUCGGCAUCGAGCAGCACGAUCGCUGGCUUGCAGGAUCUGCGUACUGGGCCUUCGGCUCCGCCGCCCAUGCUGACGGGGCUUCCGCAGCAUUCCAUCAAGGAGAGAACAUACAAGCUCAUCAUCCGCCAGCAGCCGCAGCAAGGUCGUCUAUGUGGGCUGGGAAGCAAGGACAAGCGCCCUCUGGACCCGCUCCCAAUCCUUCAGCUACGCAUACUCAGGAGGGACGGCACCGAAGACGAAGAUGCUGAAAACAGCCCGAACUUGAUAGUGCAAGUCUCGCUGUGCAAGCAAGAUAUGGCAACAGGCACGCACGCCGAGUCGGUGCUGGUCGAGUCGAAUGCCGCCGCCCAUCCAUUCACGCGAAUGCUCGAAGGCCGGCUGGUGGCUAGUGCCAACGUGGCGCGCGACCUCGACGGCUCGCGUGCGUGCUUCUUUGUCUUUACAGACCUGAGCAUUCGACAGGAGGGUCACUUUCGCCUCACCUUCAAGCUCAUCGCGCUCGGUCCAGGUGACCCUUCAAGUCCCGGAGGGCAGGUGUUGGCAGAAGCGCUCACCGAGCCAUUUGCCAUCUACAGUCCCCGUCGCUUCCCGGGCAUGACCGAGUCGACGGAGCUGGCCAAGUGCUUGGCUAGGCAAGGCAUCCAGGUGCCCGUGCGAAACGACGUUCGACGCAGGCAGGAACAGGCCGACUCUGACGAGCGCGACAACGACUGA